AUGACGGCCAGCCUCCGCCGCCACCCCCACUCUCCGGCGGUGCUGCCGCUGGACGACGAUGACUUGCUCUCCGAGAUCCUCCUCCGCCUCCCCCCUCAGCCCUCCUCCCUCCCGCGCGCCUCCCUCAUCUGCAAAAGCUGGCGAGGCCUCGUCUCUGACCCCCGAUUCCUCCACCGCUUCCGCCGCCACCACCGCCGCAGCCCUCCCAUCCUCGGUUCCUUCGUUGAGAAGGCGUUAUCUAUAUCCUUCGUACCAGCUCUCGACCCCCCCAAUCGUGUCCCCGUCGGGCGAUUCUCCUUGCAGUGCGACGACGUCGGCGGCUUCAGCCUCCUCAACUGCCGCCAUGGCCUCGUCCUCAUCUUCCUCCUGAAGCACAACCAGGUCCUGGUGUGGGACCCCAUCAGCGGCGACCAGCACCGCAUAGCCGUUCCUCCGAGCUUUUGUGUGGUGACGGGGAGACGGACAACCGGGGCGGUGCUCCGGGCUGGCGGGGACAACCACCACUUCCAAGUGGUAUUGAUAGGCACAUACAAGGAACAACAUCCACGAGCAAUCGCCUGCAUUUACUCCUCGGAGACGGGCAUAUGGGGCAAUCUACUCUCGACACUGCUUCCAUACGAGGCUCGGUCGGCUUAUACGGGCAUGGCUUGUGUCCUCGUUGGGAAUUGCCUUUAUUGGGUUCUUAUUGGUGAGAGUCCACGCAUACUUGAAUUUGAUUUGGAUAGGCAGAGCUUAACUUUGAUACAUAUGCCAGUGGACUUGUACGCCACUAAUGCUUGCCAUUUCUCAUUUAUGCGAGUGGAGGGUGGUGUCCUUUCUUUCCUCAUUUCCUCAUGGGACUUCAAUGCCCAAUUAUGGAAUAUGGAGAAAAAUUGUGAUGGUGUUGUUUCAUGGGUGCUGAGAACAACCAUUGAAUUGGACAAGCUACUUUCCCUCAAACCAGAUGAUGGAGGGCCCCAACUGAUAAUAGGGUUUGCCGAGGACAAUAUUGCGUUCUUCCUGUUGACAAAAGUCGGCGUCUUCAUGGUCCAGCUUAAGUCAUUGCAGUUCAAGAAACUUUCCAAAACCAACUACUUGUCUCACUAUCAUCCAUUCGAAAGUGUCUACACUGCAGAUAUUGGCGGUGAACGUGAUGGAGCUGAACUUUUGCACAACAUGCAAGAUAACUGUCUGGUCAGACAUGCGUAA